AUGUAUUGGAUUUUUUUAAUAUUUCUCUCAAUUUCUACAGCUUCCAGCAAAGAUUUUGAUAUUUUUGAUGCUCAAGAUCUUCACAGAGCACUUCAACAUCCCGUGAACACCAAGCAAAUAAUUAAAACACUGUGUAAUCGAGAUAGGUUGGAGAUUGAGAAAAUCAUUUAUUUUUAUCAGAAAAUUUAUAAUUAUGACUUGAGAAAAGUUGUGGAUGAAAACCUGGGCGAAGGGAAUUUCAAAUAUUUCACUAAGUCAAUAAUAUUUUCAAAACCAUACUAUGAGGCAAAAGUGUUGCAUGAUGCGGAAAAAAAAUUGGGAACUGAUGAAGAAAUUUUCAUCGAGCUUUUGGUGGCGAGAUCGAAUGAAGAAAUUGAUGCGAUUAAGAAGGCUUACAGAGAUUUGUAUGGUAUAGAUCUUGAGGAUGAAUUGGAACGUGAAACGUCUGGAGAAUUUUUAGAAAUUAUGCUCGCAAUUAUUGAAGGAAGAAGAGAUGAAUCAAAUAAAGUUGACCUUGGAAAAGCAAAAAAAGACGCGGAGAAAUUAUAUUAUGCUGGAGUUGGUAGAUUAGGGACUCAAGUAGGCGUUUUCAACAAGAUAUUUACCAAACAAAACUUCGCGCAACUUCGUUUGGUUUUUGAUGAAUAUCAAAAAUAUGCAGAACAUUCGAUAGAAGUUGCAGUUGAUAAGGAAACAAGUGGUUAUUAUUAUAGUACUCUUAGUGAACUCGUUCAAGUUAUCCGAAAUAAGCCGAAUUAUUUUGCGCGAUUUUUAUGGAGUGAUGAUGAAAGAAUGGUUAUUCGCACAAUUGUAUUGAGAAGUGAAAUUGAUUUGGGGGAAAUUGUGGAGGAAUUUGGGGGGAAAAUGAGGUUGAAGGGUUUGAUUGAGAAGAAAAUAUCGGGCGAUUUGAGAAAUGCUUUGGUUACUUUUCUUGAAUAUCAGUUGAGAGAUGAAUAA